AUGGCUAGUCGGACAUUCCUGAGAUUAUCGUCUGUGAUAUGUAACAGAACAACUGGAGCAAUGGCUUCCCUUAGCCAAAUCUUCCUUAUUCUGAUGAUUAUGUCUUCUUCUUCUUCUCCUUUCUGUUCCGGUGGAAGUCGGAAGGAACUCCGAGAUAAAGAGAAUAUGGGUAAGAGUGAAACACAGUCGAGUUAUGUUACUGGAUCUAACUUUGUGGACCCGAGACGUGUUCUUCAACUUUCAUGGCAACCAAGAGUCUUUCUUUACAGAGGGUUCUUGUCAGAGGAAGAGAGUGAUCAUCUGAUAUCUCUGGGAAAGGAAACGUUAGAUGUACUGGAUCCAAUAGUUGCUGGGAUUGAGGAAAAAAUCUCUGCAUGGACUUUCCUCCCAAGAGAAAACGGUGGUCCGAUCAAGGUAAGAAGUUACACCUCUGAGAAGUCUGGAAACAAGUUAAGUUACUUUGGAGAAGAAUCUAGCUCGGUGUCGCAAGAACCUUUGCUUGCAACCGUCGUUCUCUACGUCUCAAACACAACUCAAGGUGGAGAUCUUCUCUUCCCAAACUCAGAAGUGAGAUUCAGAAAGAGUUGGUCUGAAUGCUCAGAGACCAGUAAUAUCUUAAGACCAGUAAAAGGAAACGCGGUUUUGUUCUUCACCAGACUCUUGAAUGCGUCUUUGGAUCAGACAAGCACUCAUUUUAGAUGCCCUGUGCUGAAAGGGGAACUGUUGGUGGCGACGAAACUGAUAUACGCAAAGAAACAAGCAAGAAGUGCUGAGAUUGGAGAAUGCAGUGAUGAAGAUGACAACUGUGGAAAAUGGGCUGAGCUUGGAGAGUGCAAGAAGAACCCUGUUUAUAUGAUUGGCUCUCCAGAUUACUUCGGUACCUGCAGAAAGAGUUGUAACGCUUGUUGA